CAGAUAAACUUUCUUUUUACGAAAAACUAAAUAUAUACUGUGUUCAUUUAAUUGACUCUUUAUAUUAACUACAUGAGAAAGUACAAAAAUGGAAUUGCGGAUUUAUUUUUCAUUAUAUGCAUAUGCGAUUGUAAAACUUCUAUUAAUUUCUUGCAUAGAUUGUGAGUGCGUGCUACCUUUGUCCAGCGGUAUAUGGAUAUCGUCGUCACGCGGUACAUGGACAGUACCGGAAAAUAGGACAGAAAUACAGAACUUCAAAGCCACCCUAGCCCUAUCGCAAACAAUGUCCGAUCUAACGUGCAUCAGCUCGUCUGGAAAUCAGUAUAUACUUGGAACAAGUUCCGAUAUACAACUUUUUCCUGGCAUCUUUGUGAAUUCUUACACAUGUAUAGAAUUCCAAACAACAUCACACACGCCUUCAAAAUAUGAAUUUUAUUUUGUUACAGAUAUUGAUAUUGCCACUGGUGAGCCAUUUACCUCAAAUGUCAAUACGGUAUGUGACGGCACUGUCGCAGAAACGGCUUCAAACACAAACAUUCUUUUAGCAGAUGGAACAGCUGCAGAGACAGUAAAAGAGAGUUUACCAAACGUGAUUAGAGGGGACUACACAGUAACUAUUACAGAUCAAAACAGUGCGACAAGUAACCAGACAUUGCUCGGGUCUUGUAAUGAUACGAGUGCCUUUUACUUCUCUGAAAUAGUGAACGCAACACAAGCUGUGAGUGCCGUUGGAUUUUCAGAUUCUGGAGUGUUGUACAACAUGAAGUCUUUCACAUCAAACGGUGUAACGUACAUUUACACAUACAAUAAUGACACGUCUGUAAACUCAUUCUCUACCUAUACAUUUUCUUGCUGGGCUGUUGCUCAGGCGUCUGGCUCCUCAUUGGUGUAUGCCACAGUGUUUCCAGAGGUAUGUCAGGUCAACCAGAAUGCUUCACAUGUACCCAGCGGAGGACAGGUUCUGAUCCUUGAGCCAUCAGUCACCUGCCGUGAGUAUCAGUGUAAUGUGUUUUGUAGUUUCAGAUUCUCGGUUCAUAUCUGAAUAAUAUACUUUAAUUUAAUAAAAUAUUUCUCUUUUAGAUUCAUUAGUUUUAACAAGAAAUUAUCGAUAAAUUUAUCAUGCCAUCAAUGUGACGUAAGUUUGCAUGAUACAUACAUAUAAUAUUUCUUCAUAAGCAAAAUAUUUUAUCUGGGUGAAAAGUUCUUUUUGAAAAGCGUUUAUUUGUAAGAUUAUAAACCUCGAGUGACAUUUACGAUAAAAAUCGUAUGAACGACAAGUAAACAAAAAGGAAAAGAAAGGCUAAAAAGAUAUACAUGUAUUUGAUACACAGCUGAAACUCAGUAUCUUGCAUUCCGAGGGAUCGACUAUGUUACUUAUAGAUAACCGAAAUUUGACUUAAAAAUACAUUUAUGCACGUGUUUUCAGGACGGCACUUGAAAAUGUCUUCGAGAUGGCCGUAAUUUUGAGAAAAGCGUGUUCGAGAUAUUGAGUUUCAACUGUAUAUCACAAUAGUUUUAACAUAGGAAGCAACAUAACUGUGUUUAUUUGCAUUGCCUGUACUAGCAAAGUAUAGUUUAAAAGAAGCAGAAAAGAUGGUACAUAAUAAGACAGUAUUUUACGCACGUAUGAGUUGAUGUGUAGUUUGUUUAUUGCAAAGGGUAUUUUAUUUAAAUUACAGAAUACGUUAUAAAGGAGAGAUUAGUUUGUUUAUUACAAAAGGUAUUUUAUUUAAAUUACCGAAUGCGUUAUAAAGGAGAAAUGUCAAAAGAAAUCUGCAUUUUUAUCAGUGAAAAACAAACAAACCUAUGACGUAAUGGCUAAAGUUAGCAUUCAAAAUUAAUAUUCUAACCAUGACCUUAUUUAAAAUUUGUAAUUUUACACAGUAAUGGAUUUUCCAGGAAGCGUAAUCGAUAUUUAUUCGUAAAAGCUGACAGUUUUCGUAUAUUUUGUCUAAAAUCUGUAAGUAUCAACUAAAACAUAAAUACAAUGUGGUAUGUUUUUGCCAAAGACAUGCAGACAUCUAUUUAUUAUUUUCGAAUGUCGCUAGGCAAUAUAUUAAGACCUUACCAGAAAGAACAGAUUUACACUUUGUUUUCACUGCAUGACUAAAGAUUUUUCACCAUCUAUUAAAGUGGAAUUAUGGGCAUUUUUUCAAGUAAAAAUCUAGCUGAAAUAGAUGUGUGUGUGAAAAGGAUGGAGGAAAUUGUAACUUUUAACCCAAUAUACCAAACUCUUCCUGUUACCAGUACAAAAAAGUAACUUUCCAAAUAUGACUUUUCUUAUUUUGACUGGGGCAGUCUUUUUAAGAAAAGUAAAACUGCACGCAGGAGUUGCUUCCCUUCAAAUCUCUACUUACAGGUAAGGGAGAUCACUGCGUAGAAGAUUGAAGAAAAGAACUAUUAUUUUAUUAGUCCGAUUUCUUUAUUUAUAAAGCACCAACUUCAAAUGCUUAUGCGGCAUCAUUGUUAAUUUAACAUAUUUAAAUGCACAGCAACCGAAAAUUGCUUUUAUAGAACAUUCACCAAAAUCACACUAUGUGCAGUAAGAUGCGCAUAAUGCCACUUUAACAUUGCCAAAUGUUGUAUUAUUACAGCGGACACAACGGCUGAGGGGAGUUCAGGUCUUAGUGCUGCAGUUAUAGCCGUCAUAGUUCUGGUUUGUGUGAUCGUUGUGGUAGUCAUUGUUAUUGUUAUCAUUUACUUCAUCAGAAAGAAGAAACGAAAAGACCUGUCGCAACCGGUUCCAAAGGAAGAGGCAGAUGAUAAACAGAGGUUAAAAGGUACAAAACGAGCAAAAUCUUCGAACGACAUUGAUUCAGCUCGUCUCAUUAACGAACAAAAUAAGCAGAAACUUGCGAAAAAGCUUGCAAAGAAGAAAGAAACACGGACAGUCGCGGUACAAGCCUCAAUAUGGACAGCGCCCAUAAAAAGGACAACAACAGCUCUUAAGGAAAGUGUCAAAAGGUCAGACUCGCAAGGCUCAAUGAAAUUCAUUCCAUAUCUUGAUAAACCGGUGAUUAAAGCUAAACAGCCCGCCGAUAUAAGAAACAGUGUACUAAGAUCGAAUACAACAUUAGAAAACAAGAGUUCUGUCAAGGAACAACCAACUGUUACAAGAUCCAAAACAACAGUAGAACAAAAUGGCGUCGGUCCUAGAGCUGUACCUAAAUAUCUUGUAAAGAAAAACAAAGUAAGCAGUCAAAGGCAUAAACUUACAAAACAAAUUUCUGAGAUAGCUACACAUUCUACAGACUACUAUGCAAACGAAUUCGAAAAACGAUUUCAAUUCCCAAAUGAAGGAAACCCAAAUGAGUUCCACAACACUUUUGAUAUUCCUGACGAGACAAUAAAGAGUAACGAUGAAAAAGAUGAAAGCAGCAAUUCCAAAGAGAUAACACAAAAUGUUAGGGAAGAACAUGAAACAAAAGUAAAAUUUGAAUCAGAAAAAGUCAAACAUGUUCGGGAAUAUACUAAAACUUCCCUGCGGUCUCGACCGUCAACAACCGAUGGUGUUUUAGGUACUAACUUUAAUAAAACAGGUUCGGUUCGGAAAACUAAUUCAGAAAAAAUGGAUCGCUCAAAGACGAUUAUGAAGUUUAGCUACAACUCGCCGUAUGCCAUGACUGCUGCUCAGAGGGACUACUCCUCACAGAAGCAGCAUGGAUUAGAGAGCAAAUUAAGAAAGACAUGAAAAGUAAAAAACAUAUAGAAGAAAUGAGAAAACUUGAAGGCCAAAGGGCAUUUGAUACAUGGAUAAAAAAUAAGCGUAAAUCUAUUACAUCUUUUAGAAGACAAAUUUCGAAGGCUUCAUUCAAAACGCCAAGAACAAACAGGUCUUUAGUUGAGAGUUCGACUUCGUCUACAUGAAGUUACUUUGUUUUAUUUCUAAAUAGAUUCGUGAACCAAAUAAAUGGAUUUUGUUUUACCAGUUUGCAACUGUGAUAAAUAAAUAAAUGAUCUUAAAAGAUUCGAACAUUUCGCGUCAAAAUAGUUUUAGAAAUAUUAUUCUGUAUUAUUAUUCACUUCUAGGUUACUGCUAACGUUUUUAUUUUUGAUUACAAUUUCUAUUGAAAUAAGUUAAAAUUCAGAUA